AUGUAUUUAAUCAUAAUUUUUUUUCCCAGUGCUUUUGGAGUAUUAUUAUAAAGUGGUCUAAAUCAAAAUACUAUUACAUAUCCAACCAAAGUAGAACAAUGUUAAAAUGUAGAACUCAACGAAAAUCAAAGUUUUUAUCUAGAAUUGAAUAAAGAAGACAACAUAUUUAAUAAAUUUUCAAAUGAUUUUUAAGAAUUAGGCAGCGAUAUAAGGAAUUUAACUUUUGUUAAUUUUAUUUCUUCAGUUCAAAUAGUCCCUGAUUCCUUUAAAAUACUAUAAAGUUAAUAAUUACUAUUUCCUGGUGGAAUGGGUUUGUGUUCACUCUUGUAGAAUAAAAGAAGUUUAGACUAUUCAAUUUAUUGUAAAGAUGUUAUGCCAUAAAAAUACAUAGAGAAUAAUUUUAGUAAAUUAAAAGAAUUUACAUUUUUAAUAGCUUAUUAGGAAGGCCUUAAAUGUAAUGACUAUAAAUACUCCAAUCAUCUCUUUUAUAUACUUUGCUCUAUCUAAGAUCAAAUCCAAAUAAUUUCAUUUGAUUUGGAAGGAAAUAGAUAAUAAAUCAACUACACCAUAUCCAUGGAUUAAUAAUAAUGCAAUAUAAAAUUUCAACUUUUUCAAGAUUCACACCUUUUAGUAUAUUUUUGCUUAUGCUUAAAUUGGGAAUUAAUGAUAUUUGAUUCUCAAAUGUAAUUUAAAAGAAGUUUUACUGCUUAAGAAAUAUAUUUGAAAGCUCAAUUUAAUUAUAAUAAGGAAUUAUAAGAUCUUUUUGUAUGCUAUUAAGUACUGUAUUUAAUAUUCGAUAAUGAAUAAAUUCAUUUAUUUGUUUUAUCUUUAAUGGCUUCUGACUUUGAACACGAUUCUAAAGUUUAUAAUUAGUAAAUUUAAAGAUUUCAACUGUUGUAAUUAUAAAGUUGCACCUUAGAGAAUCAAGGAAUCGAGUUAAGCGAUAUUAAUAAUUUCACAAAUUAUUAAAUAGAAAAUCUAAAAAUAAUAUAAAAAUUAGGACCCUAGAUUAUGUUUUUGGCUUUUAGUGAUCAUUUAAUUGUAAUGCUUGCAAAUGAAAUAAUGUAAACAAUCCAAAUUGAAUUUAUAUUCUUUUGUUCUAUCCCAACAGUUACCUAAUAUUUUUGGAUAGUAAAUGAUUAGAAUAGAGCAUUCAUAUUUGAGAUAAACUUAUUCUAAAAUUAUUUUACAUACCAAUCGAAAGCAAAUUAUGUUGGAUUUUAUACAAUCGAAAAAAACAAUAUUAAGUUGAUAAAAUGUUUCUCUAUAAGUUAGCAUAGAAAUAAAUAGGAUUAUUUCAAAUUUUAAAUUGAUAACCUUAAAUAUCAAAAUUACUUAGUUUAAAUAGACGACAAUUUUGAUGGUAUUUAAAUUGAAAAGAAAAGUUUUUUUAAUAAAAAUUUCAAGUUUAACUUUACUUUUCCAAGUUUUUUUUAACAAAAAAUUGAGUAAAAUAAGACUCUUAGAUAAUGCAAUAUAAGCAGAACACAAUUAAACCUCAUUAGCAAAUUUUUUGCAUUUAAACUUAAAUCCGAAAAUUAUCUUUUGUUCAAUUAAGGUGAACUUCUUACAAUUUAUCAUUGUAAUUCUUAAAGGUUUAUUUAUUUUAAUAUUUAAAUUGAUUUGAAUUCUAUUAAAACACAUUAUUUAAUCUAGAAUCUCUAAUUUAUUUUGGUUCAAGAAAAUUAAAGUAGAAUAAUAGCUUUUAUCUAUUAACAAAAUGCAAAAGCAUCAAUACAAUAUUAAAUGCAUUCAUUUAAAGAAAAAAUUCGUGUUACUUAUAUAUAUAAAAAUUUGUUGGUAGUAUAGGAUUCAAAUUACCUUUUUUAUUUUAACUCAUAAUUAAAUAAAUUCUAAAAUUCAUAUCAAAUUAAUCCCAAUCUUUUCAUUAAUUAAGAAAUUACCAAAGAUGUAAUCUAGGUUUUCAAUUUUUAUGACACGUUUAUUCUCUAAUAUGAAUCAUAUUUCAUAGUUCAAGUAGAAUAAUUUGUUACUUAAAGUAUUUAAUUGAUUCCUAUUAGAAAUCUAUUUAAAUAUUGUAAUAUUAGGAGGAUAUUCAAGAAGAAGCCAACCCCCAUAAGUCAUUUUGAUAGCUAUGAAUUAGAACAAGAGCAGAAUUUAUAAAUACCUAAUAACUUAAAGGAAUUUCUAUUUGCUUUCUACCUAUUACUUUGAAGACUAUAUUCCAAUUUAACCCUUAAAUUAUUAGAUUAAUGAGGAAAAUUUUAUAAUAGCAACAAAGCAAUAAAGCAAUAGCCAAUUUCAUUUGAUGUUAUUUUUCAUUAAUUAAGCAAAUAGUUUUGAAUGUUAUGAGAUAGUAUCUACUCCUUAUUAAUACUUCUAUGUUUAAUCUAAUAUCCUUUAUUAUUACAAUGAAAAUCAAGAAUUAAUUGAAUACGACAUCAAAUAUUUCUCCUUGGAUUUUGAUCUAUAACUACUUAAUGAAAUAUUUUAUAACGUGCACUUUCAGAUUGAUAUUUAAGUUAUUCAGACCCCAAGAGAUGACGAUAUUUAUAGUGAAAAAUUCAAUUUAUUGGCACUCAAUAUGCAAGAGAAAUUAUCCAUAGUUAAUUAAAGUAAUUCAACGAUAAUUUUGAAUCAUAAUUAGGCUAUUCUAUAUCCAAAUCAAUUUGUUUAUGGAUCGUUUCUUUUAUUUGAUUUAUUAAACACCUCUUCAUUUACUCUCCAAAGUCCAUUCAAACUAGUUUAAGCAAUUACUUGUUUAGCCAUAGAUAAUUAUUUUUGCGUAAUUCAAUUUCUUCCAUUAAUAAAAAUAUUAGACUUAAAAACAAAUAAUUAAAAUAAUUAUCUGAUUCCUUAUAGAAGUACAAAAAAUACUAAAUUUCAUGCUUGGGAAGAUAUGAUAGUAUUAAUAGAAUAUCAAUAAUAAAACAUUAUUAUUUAUAAUUAUAAAAAGGAUUCCUUAAAAGUUUUACAUAUAUAAGACUUCUAUUAGUGUAGCUAUUUAUUAUAGUAAAUAUUAAUAAUUUAAGCAUCUGGAUAUACUUAUUUUUAUUUUCUUGAUGAAGAAAUAAGUCUUUUAGAAACUGUCGUAGGUAUGCCUUAUUUAUAAACCAAUUUUAACUAUUAUUAAAUUGACACUGAAGAAAUUUGUAAAGUACUAAUUGAACCUGAUAAAAUUUAGAUAUUAUGCUUUUAAAUUAAAUAAGGAGUAACUUCAUCAAUAUCGAAUUAUACAAUUCCAAUUUAGGACAUAUAUAAUAAAAUCAUUUUAAGUGAUUAACUAACAGAAUUUUCCUAUGAAUGUAAAAUUUAAGUAUUAAAUCUAACCUUCAUUGGAUAAAAUGAAGUUGAUUUUAAGAUCAUAGUUAAUUAUAAAAAAUUAGGUUUUAAAAAUCAAUAAAUUUUAUAAUUUUAUGUUCAGAUAACUCUAAAAGAUUAAGAAUAUUAAAUUAAGUUAAAUAAUUUAAUAAAACUUUCAAAGGUUAAUGCUAAUUGUAAUAGUUUUCUAUUACAAAACAAUCUGCUAUACGUUUGUACCUAUUUACAAAUAUUCUUAUAUAAACUUGAAAUUGGAUUAUAAAUACUAGAUUCUUAUGCAAACUUUGAGCUUCAAGGCAAAACUUUUUUUAUCCUUAAUAAUACUCAUAUAGUGACAUUCAAUCAAUACAAUGCUGAAGUCUCAUUAUAUGAAGUCGACUAUUGGAGAUUAUUUAAAAAUGAAAACAUUAAUGAUGAGGAUGAGUAAGAUGUUACAUUUAUAGCUUCAGACCUUGUAACUACGCUUGA